ACCUAUGACCUAGUCUAUUCUUCAGUAUACAAGACUGCAAGAUAAUAAUAAGACUUGAAACUGUAAAGUUGCAUGUGAAGGUUGGAUACAACUACCGGUGAAUCUGUAAAUGGACCAAAACUGAAUAAUGACCUCAAAAUAAACCAGCUCCAAUUUCAAGACUUCAACUUCUGAACUUGGAGACCCAACGGCUUGAUAGCAUAAUUGCGCCUGAAUUACCUAUCGGCUGCAGUUUUAUAUGGUUACAGGAUUAUUUGAGGAUGAUGAAUGGAUCAAAUCACCAAUUCAAUCUAUUUGAAGAUGGAACUGAAGAUAGAUUGCGAGCUUUGGAGCAGAGAGUCGAAAUGCAAGAAGAUGAAAUUACAUUGCUCAAAUCAUCAAUGGCCGAUAUGUUGAGACGUCUUGCAGAAACUGAAAAUUCCAUGCAACACAAAAAUAACACAUUUGUCAGAAAACCUGUUGCUCUCAAAGGUCAGUUUACUCCGCUGCCAUCUCGACCUGCUGUAGACUCAACACCAUCUCCUCGUACUCGUUCUAACCCACCUCCACCUUCACCCAGUGCACGACGUAGAUCGAACUCAUCGCCAUUCAGAAACAUUCCCGGACCUGCUUCACCUGACUAUAAGUUAAAUGGAGCUCCAGGAGAUAUGAGAAAGGCUGGAUCUACUGAGCAACUUUUCUCUAAAGAUGGAAAAAGAUUUAACUCUAAAACUUCAACAAAACCGAGAUCACGGCCAGGGACUCCAAGCCACUUCAAGGAAGCUACUUAUAAUUCUGAAGAGGGCAAUGUACGUAUGCAUCUCAAAGGAAGGCCAGUGGUGUUGUAUUGUCAGUCAGCACUCAAGGAGUCAUAUGAUAUCUCAAAACCACUCGAAGCACCUGAUAAAAAGCUCAAGCUCGAUUGGGUUUAUGGAUAUAGAGGAAAAGAUUGCAGGUCUAAUCUUUACAUCUUACCUACUGGAGAAAUGGUUUAUUUCAUUGCUGCUGUUGUUAUACUGUAUGAUCCUAAAGAAGGAUCGCAAAGACAUUAUCUCGGUCAUAAUGAUGACGUUAAAUGUCUAGCAAUUCAUCCAGACAAAUUAAAAAUUGCCACAGGUCAAGUGGCUGGAUUAGAACUGGAUGGGAGAGAGUUCAGAGGGCGAAAUUUAUGUUCGAAGCCUAGGCAACCUCACAUUCGAGUGUGGGAUGCAGUCAGUCUCAACACUCUUCAUGUUAUUGGUCUUGGAAUUUUUGAUCGAUCGGUUGCUUGCGUCAGCUUCUCCAAAAUUGAUGGUGGAACUUAUCUUUGUGCAAUAGAUGAAUCGAAUGAUCAUGUACUUACUGUGUGGGAUUGGGAAAAGGAAGCAAAACUUGCUGAGAGCAAGUCGUCUAAAGAUCCUGUAGUUACUUGUGAGUUUAAUCCACAUUCAGAAGAAAUACAGAUUGUAACUUGUGGAAAAAGUCAUGUUUUAUUUUGGAAAUUAGAAGAUGGACAACUAGUCAAGAAGCAGGGAUUAUAUGAGAAACACGACAAGCCAAAGAUCAUUCACUGUCUUGCAUUCACAAGUUCUGGUGUUGUUAUAUCUGGUGAUUCCAAUGGAAAUCUUCAAGUUUGGGCUCAGGGAACUUCCAAACGCAUUUCAAAGUUUAUCACUGGUGCUCAUGAAGGAGCUGUGUUUUCAAUUUGCAUGUUACGAGAUGGAGUAUUUGUUACUGGUGGAAAAGAUGGAAGAAUUGUAAUGUGGGAUGCUGAUUUCAAUAAAACAAAUGAAGUUCAGCUUCCUAAUCUGAAUGGAGGAGGAAUACGAACCAUAUCGUAUGGUACCGGUGAUUCUUUACUUGUUGGAACUAAGAAAAAUUCGAUAUUGUACGGCAGUCUACAAUCAGGUUUCGAUACUGUUGUCAAGGGUCAUGUUGAAGAAUUGUGGGGUCUUGCUGCUCAUCCUAACAAACAACAUUUUAUAACCGGUGCAUAUGAUCGCAAUCUUACACUUUGGGAUGCUGACACUCAUAAACCUAUUUGGACAAAGGAAAUGGACGACCAAAUUCAAUCUGCUGACUUCUUCCCAUGUGAUGAAGGAGCUGUGGUUGCUGUAGCUAUGACAACCGGUCGAUGGCUGGUUCUAGACUCAGAAACAUCUGAACUUGUUACUGUGCAUACUGAUGGAAAUGAACAACAUGAUGUUAUAACUUACUCGCCAGAUGGAAACUUCAUUGCCAUUGGAUCUCAUGAUAACAACAUCUACAUUUAUGCUGUCAGUGAAAAUGGCAGGAAAUAUCAAAAACAAGGAAAGUGUGUCGGACACAGUAGUUACAUAACACAUGUAGAUUGGUCAAGUGAUAGCACCAUGUUGCAGUCAAAUUCCGGCGAUUAUGAAGUUUUAUAUUGGGAUGCUCGUACAUGCAAGCAAAUUGCAUCUGCCUCCUCAACCAGAGAUGUAGAAUGGGCAACUAGUACAUGCACUCUGGGAUUCAAUGCUUUUGGUGUAUGGCCAGAAGGUGCUGAUGGUACAGAUGUAAAUGCUGUUUGCAGAUCACAUGAUACAGCUUACUUGGCAUCUGGUGAUGAUUUUGGAAAAGUUCAUCUUUACAAAUAUCCAUGUAAUAAACCAAGGGCUCCCAGCUCUAAGCAUUCUGGACACAGCAGUCAUGUGACUUGCGUGAGGUUUCUAGGGGAUGACAGCACUCUCUUGUCCACUGGAGGUCAGGAUUGUGGUAUUAUGCAAUGGAAGGUCGUUUAAUCCUGUAGCCACCUGUGAAUUAAUUCAAAAGCCUGUGUAUAAUAAUACAGUCAAGUCCAGUGUUUAUCUGUUGAAACAGUACUUAUCAUCAAAACUUUUAGUAUCUUUCAUCUUAAAAAUGUAUUCAUGGAGAUUUGUAAUUCCUCUUAACGUCUACACAUUUUAGUAAUUUUGAGUGUUCAAUGUUUGGUGCAAUCACUGACAUAUUAACCAAAUGGAAAGCUCCAUACUAAUUGUGUUCGCAUGUUUGAGAUUCGAAGCUUUUAGCUAGUAUGUUUUAUUAAAUCGUUUUUUGUAACCUGAUGUCUGAUAGUAUUUGUAGAUGUUGCACAUGUUCUUAUUAAAUUGUCUUUAUAGCAGUG